AUGUCCCACGUCCCACCAACCGAGUCCAUUCCCAAACCAGAAGAACCGAAAGCUGCAGAACCACAACAGUCUCCUCAGCAACCUCAGUUCCAGCAAUUCCAAUCUCAAUCCAAAUUACUACCAAUUUCCACCUCAAGGUUACUACCCACCACAAGGCUUCCCGAACAACCCUCCUCAGCCUAUGCCUUACUGCCCCAACCCUUGGUUGUUCCAGCAAUUCCAAUCUCAAUCCAAAUUCCAAUCUCAAUCCAAAUCGAAGAGAGACCAAGAGUUCGAAGAAGGUCUGAACCGUUUACGCAAAGAGUAUGCCACAGCUCCAAUUGA